UUCCGGUUCAGGAACCAGAAGGAGACGAAACAGUGAAGGACGCGGUAGAGAAAGAGAGAGAGAGAGACAGAGAGACAUGUAAAGCAAAGCAAAGCAAAGCGAAAGAGCUGUAGUGCGGGGGACGGCUGGAGUGCGGAGCCCCAGGUGCUGAGGGUCCGGAGUGUUGCAGACGAGAGCCCCCGCUCCCCCGCUCCCCCGCUCCCCCGCCGGGGCUGACGGACCAUGUUCAACUGCAUUCCGCUCUGGCGGUGCAACCGGCACGUCGAGGCGGUGGACAGGCGGCACAGCUCGCUGCUCGCCGUGCCGGAGGAGAUCUACCGCUACAGCCGGAGCCUGGAGGAGCUGCUGCUCGACGCCAACCAGCUCCGGGAGCUGCCCAAGCCGUUUUUCCAGCUUGUGAAGUUACGAAAACUUGGACUCAGCGACAACGAAAUCCAGCGACUUCCUCCCGAAAUAGCAAACUUCAUGCUGUUAGUAGAGUUGGAUCUGUCCCGAAAUGAUAUUAUGGAAAUUCCAGAGAGCAUCUCAUUUUGCAAAUCAUUACAAAUAGCAGAUUUUAGUGGCAAUCCCUUGACCAGGUUACCCGAAAGUUUUCCUGAGUUGCGGAAUUUGACAUGUCUCUCGCUGAACGACAUCUCACUGCAGGCACUUCCAGAAAAUAUUGGAAAUCUUCUGAACCUGGCAUCACUUGAGCUAAGAGAAAACCUGCUGACGUUGCUACCAGAAUCGCUUUCUCUCCUCUGCAAACUGGAAGAAUUGGACCUCGGAAACAAUGAACUAUAUCAUCUGCCAGAAAGUAUUGGGUCACUUUCAAACCUGAAGGAUUUGUGGUUGGAUGGGAACCAGUUGGUUGAACUACCUAUGGAAAUUGGAAACCUGAAGAACUUGGUGUGUUUAGAUGUAUCAGAAAAUAAACUGGAGAAACUCCCUGAAGAGAUCAGUGGACUUGAUUUGCUCUCAGAUCUACUGGUUUCACAGAAUCAGUUGGAAGUGCUGCCAGAUGGCACUGGAAAACUAAAGCACCUUUCGAUCCUAAAACUUGAUCAAAAUCGUUUAGUUCACUUGACUGAUGCUAUUGGAGAAUGUGGAAACCUGACAGAGCUUGUACUCACAGAAAACAAGCUGGAGAGUUUGCCCAGGAGCAUUGGAAAGUUGCAGAAGUUGACAAAUUUUAAUGUGGACAGAAAUAGGCUGAUUUCAAUUCCCAAAGAGAUCGGUGGCUGCUGCAACCUCACUGUCUUCAGUCUCCGAGACAACAGAUUAACAAGGAUCCCACCAGAAAUCUCACAGGCAACUGAACUUCAUGUGCUGGACUUAGCUGGAAACAGGUUGACGUACUUGCCGCUGUCAUUGAUCACUUUGAAACUGAAGGCCCUUUGGUUAUCUGAAAACCAGUCCCAGCCGCUGCUAACUUUCCAGACCGAGAUUGAUGCAGGGACAAGAGAGAAGGUUUUGACGUGUGUUUUGCUUCCUCAGCUGCCUCCUGAACAUAACAACCACGAUAAUUUACCACGCUGUGCUGCUCUGGAGAGUUUGGUGAAUGACGUCUCUGAUGAAAUGUGGAAUGAACGUGCCAUGAACCGAGUCAGUGCGAUACGCUUCCUAGAUGAUCAGGACGAGGAUGACGACGAAGAAAAGGGUACUCUGCUACGGAGGGCCACUCCACACCCUGGGGAACUGAAAACCUUGAAAAAGACAGCGGAGAACUUGAGGAACGAGAUGAAUGCUGCUAAAGAACUGGACUCCAACAAGAAUGAGGUCAAUAAUGCCACUCAAAGAUUAACCACUUCUGUAUAGAGUCUUACCUCAAGCUCUCACCUCGUGUGUUUCCCUGACUCUGUAAACAGUCAUGUCAACCCAUCCUUGGAACUGUUCCACUCUGUUCUUACACUGAUCAUUGUCUCCUCAUGUCACCAAGGUUUAAACCAACUGCAACCUGGAAGAAAGUGCCUUGUUUCCCCACAGUGAUUGCACCAAUCAGUCCAAAAGCAUUCUGCACAAUUUAAUCAUGAUUUUCCAAAAAAAAUCAUCUUUUUUUUUUAUCUAGGUAGAUGCACUACUGUAUAGAAUUUAGAAAUUCUUGCAUAUAAUUUUGUUAUACACAGGGUGAAUGCAUUUUUUUUUAAAAAGUAUAUUUUUGGGGGUGUGUGGACCUGCUGAAAAAUAAUUGUACAGUUUUAUGUGAAAUUUGAUACUUUUUAUACAGUUUGGCAGCUUGGAUUGUGUAAAUUUUACAUUUUGUGUAUAGCGAGUUUAAUAAUGGUAAUACAGGUUCAUGAAUAUUGAGCUACAGUACACAUUUUUAAUAGCCGUAGAAAUCAGUUCUUACUUUCCUGAAUCACCCACAUUCUGUCUUCAGUUACUUACUUGUGCCUUUUUACCCCAGCCCUCUCCUCCCUUUGUUAUAAGAUGAAUCGCUCGUUACGAUAAGGGCAAUGCGCUCACCGGCUGGUCUUGUUAACGAUAGGUACGGUGUUUUAUUUUUCCGUAAGGGGAUGGUACAGAGAAACACUACACGUGUUCAAACUUGCAGGCUUGUGUAACUUCUAAGCCACGACCUGCUGAAUGAAUGAUAUCUGCACCAAAUAUGGUGUGAUUAACGCUUUAUACGGUUACUUCUAAUUAGUGUAACCCCUUCUAUAUGUUACUCUCAUGCACUGUGUUUUCUUUCAACUGGAAUUUUUCAACAGUUGUGAAUGGUUUUGUAAGGCGUGAACCCUGUUUUGAUUUUAUUUUUCUCGUCACAUAUUGCACAAGAAAGUUUAUGAUUUGUCUUUACAAUAAACGAAGGCUUUUUGCCGACCAUUCUUAACCACUGACAAAUAAAAUUUGGCAUUAGUCCUUCAAGGAAGAAGGUCACUUUCCAGUUUAAUUUAUUUUCAGCGGGAACUGGGAAAUCUCACUGUUGUCAGGGUGACAGUUAGCUGUGGCCUCUGUUGAGGUAGACUCUGGACAUAAAGCUUGAGUGGUUUCUGAACAGUGAUUGUUAUGGAUCUCAGCCACUCCCUGCUACAUUUUCAUUUAACUAAUUAAAUUGCUUACUCUCUUUGUUGUUUUGUUAACUGUGGUCUUGAGUUUGGAAUAUGUGGAGGUGCCUGUUUAAUACAUUUGUUAGGUGUUAAAACAGUCAAUAAUAUUUUUGGCUAAUAAACAUCAACUUUGUAAAUAUCUA